GCUCUGGGAGCCACGAGGCCCCUCCCUGCCUCUCUCUCCAUCUCGCCGCACGCUCAGAGGGGCGGGGAGAGAGAGCCAGAGGAGGAGGAGAACUCGGGCAGCUCUGCAGAGGGGGCAGGAGCUCCGGUGUUUGGUACCCCCAGCCCCACUGCUGUUUGCCGCUGCUGCAGCGGGGACACAGGUGAGGACGGCCCCAUGGGGCGGGGGAGGGGGCCACCAACAGCGCUGUCCUUGUCCUUCUCUGGUCCAGCCCCCACGCCCUAGCCCAUCCUGGGACAGUCCCCAGGGGUCCUGCUGGACCUUGUCCUUCCAGGGACCCAGCCCCCUCCCCCUGCCUGUCCUGCCUCUCUCCCGGGCCUGGCUGUGGCUGCUUCUCCUCUUCCUCCUGCCGCUGCUGCCACUGCCGCUGCCCAGCACACACCGCCAGCCCCUCGGGGUGUGGUUUCCCCAGACCAGCCCCCAACAGUGGGACGCAAGCCUUAUCCUAGCCUCCCCAACCUGCCUCUUGCUAGGCCCAGUACCCCCCCUCCCCGGAGACACACCCAACAGCCUUUCGGCACCCCACCCCCUCUCCAAGCCCCUUUGGGGAAGACCCCCUCCUCCUCUUAUCUCCUAUUAGAUCCCCUGGGUGCUCUGGGUCUAUGCCCAACUUCCUUCCAACUGAGCCCCAGCCCUAAGGGAUUCCCCAGAUCCCUUUCCUCUCCCUGCCCCCAGAACUCUUGAGAGUGUGGACCGGGCUCUUUCAGCCUCCCUCCCCACAUACUUCUCUUCCUUAGAUACCCCUCAGCCUCUGAAAAAUAACCCAGCACCUGAUCUACCCCUUUAGGUACCCCACUCCCUUCUCCUGCCCCACUAGGGGGCCCCAGCUUGCCUACCUUCCCCAGAACUCCUUCGAGUGUAGACACCACCCCCCAGGCUAUUCUUGGCAGCUCAAGGCUCCCAAGACACCUCUCAGCCUCUUUACAACCUCCUGGCUCCAUAGCCACCCCUCUGGAUGCACCAAACCCUUUCCUGGAUCUACGAGGGGUCACCAACCCCCUUAUAUGUUCCCCAGAAAUCUUGAGGGUGUGAACAACCCUCCCCACCUUGCUCAGCCUCCCCCCACCCCACCCCUCCAGACACUCAGCCUUUUUCAAAGAUCUCAGGUCCCAUUUCCACCGCUCUGGAUGCCCCCAGUCCCCUCUCCAGCCCAAUUAAAGGGUUCUAGUCCCUUCUUCUCAGAACUCUCGAGAGUGUGGACAAGUACCUACUACUUCCUACCCCCUCGAGGAACCCCCAGACAUCUCUGGUACAUACUGACCACUCUAGAGUCAUCUCAGUCUCUCAAAACACUCCCUGAGAUCCUUCUUGGCAUCUUUGGGCAUCUCUUUUUGGCUUCUCUCCAUGCCCUAGCCUAGCCCCUGCUUGGUCUCUUAAGAAACCCCCAGGUCCUUCCUAGACCCUUUAAAUGCCCUCCAAGCCCCUGCCCCUCUCUACAGUUCCUCCUCCUGGCUGUUCUUGGCCUCUCUAGACACCCUCCGUUUCUUUGUGCGAGUGGCCCAGGGCCUCUCCAAGCCCCCCACCACCCUGGAGACAGCCAUAUUCCCCUAAAGGCCAACCCACCCCCCCAGCCUCCCUGGGCCUGGGGCGAGGCAAGAUGGCAGCAGGUGUGGCCACAUGGCUGCCUUUUGCACGGGCGGCCGCCGUGGGCUGGCUGCCCCUGGCCCAGCAGCCCCUGCCCCCAGCACCAGGGGUGAAGGCUUCCCGAGGGGAUGAGGUUCUGGUGGUGAACGUCAGCGGAAGGCGCUUUGAGACCUGGAAGAACACUCUGGACCGCUACCCCGACACUCUGUUGGGCAGCUCAGAGAAGGAAUUUUUCUAUGACGCGGAUUCGGGUGAAUACUUCUUCGAUCGCGACCCGGACAUGUUUCGGCAUGUGCUGAACUUCUACCGCACGGGCCGCCUGCACUGCCCGCGGCAGGAGUGCAUCCAGGCCUUUGACGAAGAGCUGGCUUUUUAUGGCCUGGUACCUGAGCUCAUCGGGGACUGCUGCCUCGAGGAGUACCGGGAUCGCAAGAAGGAGAACGCGGAGCGCCUGGCGGAGGAUGAAGAAGCCGAGCAGGCCGGGGACAGUCCAGCCCUGCCGGCGGGCAGCUCCUUGCGGCAGCGGCUCUGGCGGGCCUUCGAGAACCCGCACACCAGCACUGCGGCCCUGGUUUUCUACUACGUGACUGGCUUCUUCAUCGCUGUGUCAGUCAUCGCCAACGUGGUGGAGACCAUCCCUUGCCGUGGCCCUGCGCGCCAACUCCCGGGGGAACAGCCCUGCGGCGAUCGCUUCCCACUGGCCUUUUUCUGCAUGGACACGGCCUGCGUGCUCAUUUUCACCGGCGAAUACCUCCUGCGGCUCUUUGCCGCCCCCAGCCGAUGCCGCUUUCUGCGGAGCGUCAUGAGCCUCAUUGACGUGGUGGCCAUCCUGCCUUACUACAUCGGCCUUUUCGUGCCCAAGAAAGAGGACGUGUCGGGCGCCUUUGUCACCCUGCGUGUAUUCCGGGUGUUUCGCAUCUUCAAGUUCUCCAGGCACUCCCAGGGCUUGAGGAUUCUGGGCUACACACUCAAGAGCUGUGCCUCUGAGCUGGGCUUUCUCCUCUUUUCCCUUACCAUGGCCAUCAUCAUCUUCGCCACUGUCAUGUUUUAUGCAGAGAAGGGUACAAACAAGACCAACUUCACUAGCAUCCCUGCGGCCUUCUGGUAUACAAUAGUCACCAUGACCACACUUGGCUACGGAGACAUGGUGCCCAGCACCAUUGCUGGCAAGAUUUUUGGAUCCAUCUGCUCACUCAGUGGUGUAUUGGUCAUUGCCCUGCCUGUGCCAGUCAUUGUGUCCAACUUUAGCCGCAUUUACCACCAGAACCAGCGUGCCGACAAGCGCCGAGCACAGCAGAAGGUGCGCUUGGCAAGAAUCCGGUUGGCAAAGAGUGGCACCACCAAUGCCUUCCUGCAGUACAAGCUGAAUGGGGGCCUUGAGGACAGUGGCAGUGGGGAAGAGCAGGCGCUGUGUAUCAGGAAUCGUUCUGCUUUUGAACAGCAACAUCACCACUUGCUACAUUGUCUAGAGAAGACAACGUGCCAUGAGUUCACAGACGAGCUAACCUUCAGCGAGGCCCUAGGCGCUGUCUCUCUGGGUGGCCGCACCAGCCGCAGUACCUCUGUGUCCUCCCAGCCAGUGGGGCCUGGCAGCCUGCUGUCCUCUUGCUGUCCCCGUAGAGCCAAGCGCCGUGCCAUCCGCCUUGCCAAUUCUACCGCCUCGGUCAGCCGUGGCAGCAUGCAGGAGCUGGACACAUUGGCAGGAUUGCGGAGGAGUCCUGCCCCUCAGAGCCGCUCAAGCCUCAAUGCCAAGCCCCAUGACAGCCUUGACCUGAACUGCGACAGCCGGGACUUCGUGGCUGCCAUCAUCAGUAUCCCUACCCCUCCUGCCAACACCCCUGAUGAGAGCCAACCUUCCUCCCCUGGUGGUGGUGGCGGGGCCAGCAGCACCCUCAGGAACUCCAGCCUGGGAACCCCUUGCCUCCUCCCUGAGACUGUCAAGAUCUCUUCUCUGUGAAGAGAAGUGCCCUCUUCAUUUUUGGGGAUUCCUUUCUGAAGCCAUAUUUUGUGGAGGCAGAGAGGGGUAGGCCUGGGCACCCCUUUUGUCUCCCACUAAGAACUAUGCAACGAAUGUCAUGGAAUGGCCCACCAGGUGGGGAAGUAGCCCAGCAAUGGAAACUUCCCCCACCCAGACAGUUUUCCUGGUGGGAGCUGAAGCAGCAGGCUUUCUUAGGCCCUUGGCCUCCUUGCCCUAGCACACUGGGACUGGCCCCUCCCCUGACUGGAACUCCUGCAUGCUCUUCCCCUCGGGCCCCCCCAGGCACAACUGAUACCUGAGCUCUGGCCUGAGGAGAGGUGAGACUUCCUCUUUACUCUGGCUGGGCUACAGAGGUUUGGAGUUCAGAGACGCUAACCCUCACCUCUGACCUGGCUUCUUGGGAAGAUCCCCACCCUCCACUGGGUUCAACAGCUCCCAGGUUCUUAAGCUUGGAAUGUGAUCUGCGGCCUCAGAGGUGACCUGCCUCCCGGCCUGGGCUAAGGGGACAGGUUGCCUUUCCCAAAACAUACAGAUAGCACAACACCACUCUCCCCUUCCCUGACUGCUGGAAAUGGGUCCCCGCAACCCUGUCCUCCACUGGGCCCCCAGAAGACUCUAGCAAUAGUUGCUGCUGUGACAUUAUACAAAGCCUCUGCCACUGUGCUGCAGCAUUUACAUCUGCCCUAAUCAGACUGGCCACCUGUAGCGACUGCUCCUUCUCUCUUCUCUGGUUUGCUUCUUUCCUGGGUUGGGCUGGAGUCUGGACUGGCUGAGAUAAGACCCUGGCAGCCAGCAGGAGCUGGGCUGUGUUUGGAGAUCAGGGGCUGACUCCACGUUCUUGGGCAGGAGUUCAGAAGUGUCAGGGGCUGAGGCCUGGGUUGUUCCUGAACUCUGGGAGUUGUAGGAGGAAGGAGGAAGUUCUUAACCUUCCCCUCCUCCCCCCAAACUCCUUUUCACAUAUUCCUCUCUUUUCCCUCUUGGGCCACCUUCUAGAAUCCUGUGUCUGCUCUCAGGCUGAAAUCUAGCAUCAUCUCAGGUUCCCUGUCCCCAGAGCUGUCUCCUUGGAGCUGGUGGCUGACAAAGAUGUAGUUUCCAUCAGUCAAUAAAACCUGAGUGGAGAGAUGA